GCAGGGAAAUCAGUGGAGAGAGAUAGUUUGGAGCGCUUAAUACCUGCAGGCUCUUUUCGUAAAAAGAGGCUGGCAAGAAGACCUGGGUACAUGAGGCCGGAGGCUCAGCAACAGAUGGAGUUUCAGUCCCUGAGUACCUGCAAGCCACUCAACUCGGAAGAGCUCAAACAYGGCAGGAAACAUUGCGAGGACUUUGAAAACUGUUCUCUGUGCAGGCAAUGUGAAAAAAACUUGGAAUUUUUAUGCUGUUGUUCAACUGCAAAUAGCACUAUAGUUGCCGCUGAUGCAGUAGCAACAUCAGUCACUACUGGAAAUACGCCAGGAAGCUGCAGAAAUCUUUCAGGUUACAAAAAUCCGCAGGUGGAAAACCUAAUUACACCAGUUUACCCAGGCACAGACAGAGGAAAUGUUUCUACUGUAUGUUGUUCAAAUGCAGAAGAGAGAGCCCAUAGUACUAAAGCAACUGAGCCCCAAAAGACGUGCUCUUUGGAUGAGACCGAAGUGAAUAACAACUGUGAAUAUCAUAGAAAAGAAGGUGCCUCUCUUUCCAUYGGCCUGCAGGAUGGCUUUAGUUCCAGCUUCAGCUUCAUACAGCUCUCCAUGAACUCAGCCUCUGGAGCAGGCGAUGCUGAGGGCACAUUAACUGCCAAGGAGACGGAGCGUGUUCCACAUUCCAGCACUGCGGGAGCGCUCCAAGCGCUGGAAGAGAGGGAGAUAACUCCGGAGCACUCGGGAGCUUUGCCUUGCUCCUCUAGGCCCCAUGAGGAUUUGAAGUAUGAAAAUGAGACCACAGUGAGUGAUAAACUGCAGGAUUGUGAAACUGUCUCUCUCUCGGAUACAGAUGCAACGCUUUCGUGUUCUACAGACUCCUCAGACGCAGCAUCUGCUGGGUCUUCUGUCACCUCCGGCUAUGAAAGUAGCUUUACUGUCAGUGACCAUAACUGGGAUACCUUGAUGAAAAAGUACGAACCGGUACUACUAGACUGCUUGCUUGCCAACCGCGCCACAUUAAAGAUAAAGUCCUUGAUCUUACGUCUUCAAAGGCUUCAGGAAAAAGCAAUAGAGGAAGAUGAUUAUGAUAGAGCUGAUAAAUUUAGACGAAAAUUGGAAGAACUGGAGAAAGAGAGAAAUUCUUUGAAAUUUCAGCUUCCUUCAAGACAUCCCUCAGUUAGCAGUUUUUUGGACAGAUUUGCUACUCAAGUUCAAGCAAYGCUGCACUGGGCCAUAGAGCGAGUUACAAAUGAAGAAACCCAGCUCUGGCAAGAAAAUGARCAUAAACUUUUGAGAUCUACCUACCAAGAGAGGAUUCAGGUUUCAGCCACAAAGCGAAACAAGCUUCUUCAAGAGAAGAAACGGUUGCAGACCGAAAUUGAAGACCUCCGAGCAAGACUGGCUGUAUUGGAAGCAAAAGACCAACAAUUAAGAAGAGAAAUUGAAGAGCAAGACAGACUUAUUCAGUCCCAUGACUGUGAACUGAGUGCUUUGCUUGGCUGGGUUUCUUUGAGAGAGCUACAGGAAAUAAGCAAGGCUGUGGAUGAAACUUCAGCAUUGUCCUAUCAAAUCCCAUUCAGUUUGGACCUUCCGGGGACAAUAAAGAGCCUUCAGGAAAGAGAACAAUCAUUCAGCAUGUCCAUUAAAGAAACGACUGCCAAAGUUUGCACAAGUCAGAAACUCUGCAGUACUUUGAGGAGGAAAGUGAGUGAUAUUGAGACUCAGCUACCAGCUCUACUUGAAGCCAAAAUGCUGGCUGUUUCAGGAAGUAAUUUUGGGACUGCUAAGGAUCUGACAGAAGAAAUAAGAUCGCUAAUGUCUGAGAAAGAGGGUCUAGAAGGACUUCUCAACGAGCURUUGGUGUUGAGUGCCAGAAAUAUCCGAAAAUUAGAGAGAAUUAAAGACGAUUACAACAGACUGAAACAAGAACUKGAGCAGGGAGAGACCGCCUUUGAGCUCAUCUUGUGUCUGAGUGAUUAUUUGAUUUUAAACGGAAAAGAUGAACCUUUUGAUUGCUUCUGUUUAAAUAAAUCAUUAAAGGAAAACAGCACAGUGUGUAACAGAUGGGCUUCCAUGAGGAAGAAGCUGUUCUGAGGCUCAUCGGG